UGUAGCAUAUAUUUACAGAUAAAUGUAAGAUUACUUUAAUUUUAAGUUCUUAAUAAUGUACAUGUUCGGGAGUUUCUUAUUUGAAAUCUAAUAUUUAAUUUCUUAUGAUAAUUUAACAAUAUAAUCAUGAACCAAAAAACAGAAAGGAAGAAAAACGUACGCCCUAAAAAUGAAACGGAAAAUCUGGACAUUUCGGAGCCGUUCGCCUUCAAACAUGAUCUACAUAUCAGUCAAGAGGUUUACCAGGAGAGACGUGUUGAGGACCUUAAUGUGUUUCCCCAAUCACCAUUUCUCGGCAGAAAAGAAAACCUCAGAGAAGACUUUUCAAUGAACUCAAGCAUUUCACAAGUAAUUGAAACAGAAGUAAUACCAGCAAUACGUUCAGAGAUAGGUGACAUCGUGGAAAAGAAAAUUAGAUUUAUUUUCAAUAAACAUAACAUUAAUUCUGGCACUCAUCAUUGCCAGCUAUGCUUGUGUCAUGAGAAGAAAGUGAUUGACGAAGAAGAAGUUCAAAUUGAAAUAAAAGAAACUAAAAAUGCAGCAGUUAAAAAGAAAACCACAUCUGACGAAAUCCAAGAAGAUUUCGACAAUACGUUAGUUAAAAGCAUUACAAAGAAUAAAAAUCAAAACCAUGAAAAACAACUGAAAGAUAUUAAAUCAUUUACUUCAACACCAAAUUCUAAAGAAUCACACGAUAUUUUGAGACAUUUUCAACAUGGUGAAAAACUUGUUAAAUACGGUUCGGAUAUACAGUUAGACCAUGAUAAGCACACAGAAAAGGAAAAGGCACAAGGUUUUAAGAGAACUCAAACAUUACCUGUUUCGGCAUAUCGUACGAAUCUAAACAGACAACACGAGUUGCUUUCUCACACUGGCAAGGCUCUAUCAAAAUCAGAUGAAAGAAAAUGUCUUGCUGAUGCUCUUCAGUGGCAUGUCGAAGAACUUAUAGACGGUAUUGUGUUCAAAGAUAGUGAGUUACCAGACGAUCUUCUAGCUGACAGUUGUCUUACAGAUGAAGAAUGUGCUGAUUUAAGGAAAACACUUGAUCGUAAAGAUCAGGUUCGUGUUCUAACAAGUAUAAUAAAAGGUAGAGACUUGAAAGUCCUUCUACGGUUUUUGAAGCACAUAAAGUCUCAAAAUGAACCAGUUGCAAGAAGUAUUGAGGAAAAGUUCGAACAUAAUAAAAAGACCGGAGUUAGGUGUUCCGAGUGUGCACUCUGCAACUUAACAUCCAAUGUAAAUGCCAAGUACAUAGCUGAUAGGUUAUGGAAAUAUAAUCUUAUAGACUCAGGUUUGUACAACUGGAUCGUACAGAGCGACAAACCAACUGGAGUUCAGGGAGAAAUGUGGCGAGGGAUUAUUAAUUCUCUAAAUUUCCACUGCAAAAAGCAUCGUUCAGAUGUUUGUCAAAUUCUUUCAUCAGCUUUGACAAAGAACAACCACUAUCACCAUGUCGCAAAGGGACUUGAAAGAAUGAUAAACAUAGAGGGAGAAAUGGAUUGUUACUGUGCAAUACGACUGAACACCGUACAUAGAGGAUCUUUGCCUUCUUCUGAUGAAGAGGAGUCCUUCACCAAAACUUGACACAUGUACUCCGUAGAUCCCGUUUUCAAAUUUCCACCAGAUGGAAGACACAUUUUCAGAUGACUUCGGUGAUUGUUUGAAAAGCAAUAUUGUUGCUGUAGAGUCUAAGAAUGAAGUUGAAGAAACAAAUUCGUCUAAGGAAAACGAUAGAAACUUUACAUCAGCAGUUUCUGAACUAUAUUUUUAAAAAAAAAAAUUUGCGCACACGAAGGGCAUAUUAUUAUGUUUUUAUAUGACGACUGACGAAGUAGAAAAUAUUCUUGAAAACACAACAGUACUUCUUGAUGAAAAUAUAUAAAUAUUAAUUAUUCGUCAGAAAACGUAAUUCCUAAAGUGCAUAAUAUAGUAGUAUACAAUAGUUUAUGUAUAAAGUUUACUAUAUGUAAGUAUAUAUAUCUAUAUGUACAAAUCUCUGUCUGUCGGGUGAAUGGGGUCGAAUUCUUCGUAAUAUUAGUGUGCAAAAGCAAGCAGACAGAUGUUUCCAUCAUUUUCUAGUAGAAGAAUUAUAGGAGUGCAUACAAGGCUGCUGUCAAUUUUGUUAACUAAUUUCAUUUUUUUCUAAAAUAAGAGAAGUUUGCUGUGUUAUAAAUGUGUUAUAAAAUGUCUGUCAAUUUAAAUGGCAUAUAUAUGGUAUAUAAACGGUUGUUUGCAAUAUAACACUGUUGCAAAAGAGACAUUUAAGUACAUCCUGUUACAAUCUUAUAAAUAAAUAUUUUGUAAAACUGAGCAGUAGAAAAAGUAAUUUAAAUUUAAAUACUUUGUUUGAAAUAUUGUUAAAUUUGACUGAAAAUGCUAUUGACAAUUGGUUAUUACAAGUAAGAGAUUUAUUAAAUGCAAUUGGUUUUGGUGAAAUGUGGCUUUUCCCAGCAUUUGUUUGUAUAGAAAGGGUUAUAGAAAGAUUUACGCCUGUUCUGAAACAGACACUAAGAGACUUUUAUAUAACAGAAUGGUAUAUAAAUAUAAACAUGUGUCCUUCAAUAUAUUUAUACAAGGAUAUCAAACAAGUUUUUGAAGUCCCACAUUAUCUCAUAGUAUUGAAUAACUUGAAAUACAGACGAGCAAUUGCAAAGAUAAGAGCAAUUGCAAAGAUAAGAUACGUAAGUGAUCACAUGAUUUAAUGACAGAAAAAGGCAAGACACUUUGAAAAUGCAGUGCCCAGAGAUCAGCGAAAGAGUAUGCUAUGUGA